UGAAUGAAAUCUGGAGGCAGUAUCACACCCAUAAUGUAUGGGUGGAGCACAGUCACUGAUCCCUCAUCUCUGAUUAGUCAAGAUGGUGAGAAUCCAUUCAGAUCUUAAGACAGAAGCACAGGCCUCAGUGGACAAGGCUGGUAAUCUUUGUGUCCUCACUGCUGUUGAGUAUUAGCUCUCCAAAAGCAGGGCUUAAGCUCAGGGGUUUUAAGAGCAAACAACCUGCUUUUCAUCGUGCUAACCUGACAGCCAUAGACCACCAGCGACAUGAGAGCGGUCCACUUCUCCCUGCUGCUGGGCCUGGGCCUCAUCCUCCUCGCUGCUCACAGUGAGGCGCUGAGGUGCUACACCUGCAUGGGCUCUACAGAUGAAGACUGUAAUCGCCAGGGCUCCAAAACGUGUCCGAGCUACUCAGAUGCGUGUGCUGUUGUUCGGGGACAUGGGAGUGGCGUAAUGAAGUCGUGCUCAUACAAAUCCUUCUGCAGCCAGGCUAACAGCCAGGGCUACAGAGCUCCAGGGGUCAAAGUUCACUGCUGCUACUCUGAUGACUGCAAUGUGGCAGGACACGCCACCAGAAACACCACGGGCUUCAGCUUCCUUCUGGGCCUUCUGGUAUUCAUCUGGCAUCUACUGUCAAACUAAUGUUACCCUAGAGACGAACUGACCUGGCUAUUAAAGUCCAUUGCCAUUAUGGAACUUGACGGAACUCUGCAUACUCUGUGAUUGUUGAAAUGUCAGCAUGUGUACUGCCAUGGGACUGUGAUUGCAAUGCAUUUAAGGUUGAGCAUAUAAAGCACUCACACACAGAACUUCACAUACACAGAUAUUGUCACAUUUCGACUCUGCAUAAAGCAAAUGUAUUUAUUAUUGUUUCAGACUUUCUAGGAAUUCAAUAAAGCUGAAAGCCUUUGAUUAAUUACGCAGAAUUAAUCUAAAUGAACU